UUUCUAUUUCUCCAUCGAAGGCAUCUUCACUGUCGCGGUGUAUUUCUGCAAGUGUUUUGCCUUCAAGAAUUCCCACUAUACAUACUCCCCACUCUGCUCCCUUCUCCCUCUUUCCUUCUCUCUCUAGAUCUCUCACUUCCGAGAGAUCAAAUAGAGUUCUUCUUCUACGGUGGGUUGGAAAUUCUUACCCGGCGGCGAGUCAAUCAAAUCAAAUCCCUAAUAGAUCAUAAACGCAUCUGAUCCGUCGUCGUUUUGAUCUUUUCCGCCGUCACCAUGGCGGCCGCUAACGCUCCGAUCACUAUGAAAGAGGCACUUACGCUGCCAAGUAUAGGGAUCAACCCACAGUUCAUUACAUUUACCAAUGUAACGAUGGAGUCAGAUAAGUUUAUAUGUGUUCGUGAAACAUCACCUCAAAAUAGUGUGGUGAUCAUCGACAUGAGCAUGCCAAAUCAGCCAUUGAGGAGACCAAUUACAGCUGAUUCGGCUCUCAUGAAUCCAGUUUCCAGGAUUCUUGCCCUAAAAGCUCAACUUCCUGGAACAACUCAAGAUCACCUACAGAUAUUUAAUAUUGAGAUGAAAGCUAAGAUGAAGUCUCAUCAGAUGCCUGAGCAGGUUGUUUUCUGGAAGUGGAUUACACCUAAAAUGUUGGGCAUGGUAACCCAAACAUCAGUAUAUCAUUGGUCAAUUGAAGGUGAUUCUGAACCUGUGAAGAUGUUUGAUAGGACAGCAAAUUUAUCAAACAAUCAGAUUAUUAAUUACAAAUGUGAUCCAUCUGAGAAAUGGUUGGUUUUGAUUGGAAUUGCACCUGGUUCACCUGAGAGACCACAGCUAGUGAAAGGAAACAUGCAGCUUUUUUCUGUUGAUCAGCAGAGAAGUCAAGCUCUUGAAGCACAUGCAGCAUCAUUUGCCUCAUUCAAAGUUCAAGGCAAUGAGAAUCCUUCAAUUCUUAUUUCUUUUGCAACAAAAAGUUCUAAUGCUGGACAGGUCACAUCAAAGCUGCAUGUCAUUGAACUCGGUGCCCAACCAGGGAAACCAGCUUUUACCAAGAAACAAGCAGAUCUGUUUUUCCCCCCUGACUUUGCAGAUGAUUUUCCAGUUGCUAUGCAGAUAUCCCACAAAUAUGGUUUGAUUUAUGUCAUUACCAAAUUAGGGCUUCUAUUUGUAUACGAUCUAGAAACUGCUACUGCAGUGUACAGAAACAGAAUCAGUCCAGAUCCAAUUUUUCUGACAUCAGAAGCUUCAUCAGUUGGAGGGUUUUAUGCUGUUAAUAGACGUGGACAGGUGUUACUUGCCACUGUAAAUGAAUCAACAAUUGUCCCUUUUGUUAGUGGACAGUUAAACAACUUGGAGCUUGCUGUUAAUCUUGCCAAACGUGGAAAUCUACCUGGUGCAGAGAAUUUGGUUGUUCAACGUUUCCAAGAAUUAUUUGCUCAAACCAAAUACAAAGAAGCUGCUGAGCUGGCAGCAGAAUCUCCUCAAGGCAUUCUUCGUACACCGGAUACAGUUGCAAAAUUUCAGAGUGUACCAGUGCAAGCGGGGCAAACACCACCAUUACUUCAGUACUUUGGGACCCUUUUGACAAAAGGAAAACUGAAUGCAUUUGAAUCAUUGGAACUAUCUCGCUUAGUUGUCAAUCAGAAUAAAAAGAAUCUUCUAGAGAAUUGGUUAGCUGAAGACAAGUUGGAAUGCAGUGAGGAACUUGGAGACCUUGUGAAGACAGUGGACAAUGAUCUUGCAUUAAAAAUUUACAUAAAAGCUAGAGCCACACCCAAAGUUGUUGCAGCUUUUGCUGAAAGAAGAGAGUUUGAUAAAAUUCUGAUUUACUCCAAGCAGGUUGGGUAUUCACCUGAUUAUCUGUUCCUUCUGCAAACAAUUCUUCGAUCAGAUCCUCAGGGUGCUGUAAAUUUUGCUUUAAUGAUGUCCCAAAUGGAAGGAGGUUGUCCUGUUGAUUACAACACCAUUACAGAUCUUUUCCUUCAGAGGAACUUGAUACGUGAGGCAACAGCUUUCCUUUUGGAUGUUCUUAAACCCAAUUUGCCUGAACACGCUCACCUCCAAACCAAGGUCCUUGAAAUCAACCUUGUAACAUUCCCCAAUGUUGCUGAUGCCAUAUUAGCUAAUGGGAUGUUCAGUCACUAUGAUCGACCUCGAAUUGCUCAACUUUGUGAGAAAGCAGGUCUUUAUGUCCGGGCCCUUCAGCAUUACAGCGAGUUGCCAGAUAUCAAACGUGUCAUUGUGAAUACCCAUGCAAUAGAGCCACAGUCUCUUGUGGAAUUUUUUGGGACUUUAUCACGGGAAUGGGCUCUGGAGUGCAUGAAGGAUCUUUUAUUGGUCAAUUUGAGAGGAAACCUUCAGAUCAUCGUUCAGGUUGCCAAGGAGUAUUGUGAGCAGCUGGGCGUUGAAUCAUGCAUUAAAAUUUUCGAACAAUUUAAAUCAUAUGAAGGCCUUUACUUCUUCUUGGGGUCGUAUUUGAGCUCAAGUGAGGAUCCUGACAUACACUUCAAGUACAUUGAGGCAGCUGCAAAGACAGGGCAAAUCAAGGAGGUUGAACGUGUAACAAGGGAGUCAAAUUUCUAUGAUGCCGAAAAGACCAAAAACUUCCUAAUGGAAGCCAAGCUUCCUGAUGCAAGGCCAUUAAUCAACGUGUGUGAUCGCUUUGGCUUUGUUCCAGAUCUCACUCACUACCUUUAUACCAACAACAUGCUUCGGUAUAUUGAAGGUUAUGUUCAGAAGGUCAACCCCGGGAACGCGCCCCUAGUUGUCGGACAACUCCUAGACGAUGAAUGCCCUGAGGAUUUCAUCAAAGGUUUAAUCCUAUCCGUUCGAUCUCUUCUUCCAGUCGAGCCUCUCGUGGAUGAGUGUGAAAAGAGGAACCGACUUCGUUUACUAACUCAAUUUCUAGAACACCUAGUAAGUGAAGGAAGUCAAGACGUCCAUGUCCACAACGCAUUAGGCAAAAUCAUCAUAGACAGCAACAACAACCCCGAACACUUCCUCACCACCAACCCCUACUAUGACUCCCGCGUUGUCGGUAAAUACUGCGAGAAACGCGAUCCCACGCUCGCAGUCGUAGCAUACCGCAGAGGCCAAUGUGACGAUGAACUCAUCAACGUAACAAACAAAAACUCCCUCUUCAAACUCCAAGCCCGUUACGUCGUCGAACGCAUGGACAGCGACCUCUGGGAAAAAGCCCUCAACCCAGAAAACGAAUACAGACGCCAGCUCAUCGACCAAGUCGUCUCCACCGCAUUACCUGAAAGCAAAAGCCCCGAACAAGUCUCCGCUGCUGUUAAAGCCUUCAUGACUGCCGACCUCCCACAUGAACUCAUCGAACUCCUCGAAAAAAUCGUCCUCCAAAACUCCGCUUUCAGCGGAAACUUCAACCUCCAGAACCUUCUUAUCUUAACCGCAAUCAAAGCCGACCAAUCACGCGUCAUGGAUUAUGUCAACCGGUUAGACAACUUCGACGGGCCCGCAGUCGGUGAGGUGGCGGUGGAAGCUCAGUUAUACGAAGAAGCAUUCGCGAUAUUCAAAAAGUUUAACUUAAACGUUCAAGCCGUUAAUGUUUUGUUGGAUAACAUUCAGAGCAUUCCACGUGCUGUUGAGUUUGCGUUUCGUGUUGAAGAGGAUGCGGUUUGGAGUCAAGUGGCGAAAGCUCAGUUGAGAGACGGAUUAGUGAGUGAUGCGAUUGAGUCGUUUAUUCGUGCUGAUGAUGCGACUCAGUUCUUGGAUGUGAUUCGGGCUUCCGAGGAUACGGAUUGUUACCAUGAUUUGGUUAAGUAUCUGCUUAUGGUAAGAGGAAAGGUUAAGGAGCCGAGGGUGGAUAGUGAGCUGAUUUAUGCGUAUGCCAAGAUUGAGAGGUUGAGUGAUAUCGAGGAGUUUAUUUUGAUGCCGAAUGUUGCCAAUUUACACAGUGUUGGUGAUCGUUUGUUUGACGAAGCGUUGUAUGAAGCUGCCAAGAUUAUAUACGCUUUUAUUUCAAACUGGGCUAAGCUUGCCGUGACACUUGUGAGGCUGCAACAGUUUCAAGGAGCAGUUGAUGCAGCACGGAAAGCAAAUAGUGCAAAGACUUGGAAAGAAGUUUGUUUUGCUUGUGUUGAUGCUGAGGAGUUUCGAUUGGCUCAGAUAUGUGGGCUUAAUAUUAUCGUGCAGGUGGAUGAUCUUGAAGAAGUCAGUGAAUUCUACCAAAACCGUGGAUGCUUCAACGAACUAAUUCUACUCAUGGAAAGUGGUCUAGGCUUAGAACGGGCCCACAUGGGAAUCUUCACCGAAUUAGGUGUCCUCUACGCCAGAUACCGACACGAAAAACUAAUGGAGCACAUUAAACUCUUCUCAACACGUCUCAACAUUCCAAAACUAAUCCGUGCAUGCGAUGAACAACAACACUGGAAAGAACUCACGUAUUUAUACAUCCAAUACGAUGAAUUCGACAACGCUGCUACUACUGUCAUGAAUCAUUCCCCAGAAGCUUGGGAUCACAUGCAAUUCAAAGACAUCGCUGUCAAAGUAGCAAACGUUGAGCUUUAUUACAAAGCAGUUCAUUUCUAUUUGCAAGAACAUCCGGAUCUCAUCAACGAUGUUCUCAAUGUCCUUGCAUUACGUGUUGACCACACACGCGUUGUUGACAUCAUGCGUAAGGCUGGUCAACUUCCUCUAGUGAAACCAUACAUGGUUGCAGUUCAAAGCAACAACGUAUCUGCUGUGAACGAGGCUUUGAAUGAAAUAUAUGUCGAGGAAGAAGACUAUGAUAGAUUACGUGAAUCUAUUGAUUUACAUGAUAACUUUGACCAGAUUGGUCUUGCACAGAAGAUUGAGAAACAUGAGCUUCUUGAGAUGAGACGUGUGGCUGCAUAUAUUUACAAGAAGGCAGGUAGAUGGAAGCAGUCUAUUGCUUUGUCUAAGAAAGAUAAAGUUUACAAAGAUGCAAUGGAGACUGCUUCACAAUCUGGAGACCGUGAGCUUGCUGAGGAGUUGCUUGUUUAUUUCAUUGAACAGGGUAAGAAGGAAUGCUUCGCUUCCUGUCUGUUUGUUUGCUACGAUCUGGUCCGUCCAGAUGUGGCUCUUGAACUAGCCUGGUUAAACAACAUGAUGGAUUUCGCCUUCCCAUAUCUACUUCAGUUUAUCCGUGAAUAUACCAGUAAAGUUGAUGACCUAAUCAAAGACAAAAUAGAAUCAAUCAAGGAAUCCAAGGCCAAAGAGAAUGAGGAGCAAGAUGUCAUUAAACAACAGAAUAUGUAUGCUCAACUACUCCCUCUUGCGCUACCUGCGCCACCUGGCAUGGGCGGUGGAUACGGUCCACCGCCACCAAUGGGCGGCGGUGGAAUGGGGAUGCCGCCAAUGCCGCCGUUCGGGAUGCCGCCAAUGGGAUCUUAUUGAUUGAUGUGGAUUGUGGGGAGUUUAGUGAAUAGUCGAUGGUUGUUUGUUGCGUAUAAUGUGUUUUUUUUUUAGUGUGGAUAUGUUUUUCUUGUAAUAUUCUUUUGGGUAGACAGACAGACAAAGACAGGAGGCAUUUUUUGCAGCAGCAAAAUGAGUAUUAUUAUAAUGGUGGUGAAUUGUGUAAUUUGUACCAAAACAAAGGGGGUUGGUUGUUUGAUAGGAUGGAUUGGAUAGGAUUGAUGGAUGGGUAUGCUACUUUUUUUUUUUUUUUUUACUGG